UCGGCGGUGCUGUUGCUGGGCGGUGCGGGUGACAUUGGGCACAGCCAUGGUGGUGGCGGCGCUGGGUCGGACSGCGGGGCGGCUGCUGCGGGCCGGAGCCGCCGUGCCCGGGCGGCGGAGCGCCAGCGGCGGAGUGCACAUCCCGCCGCGGUACCGGCAAUUCCCGGAGCUGACGCGGGCGCAGGUGAUUCGAGGCGAGAUCCUCAGCGGCUUGAUGUGGUUCUGGAUCCUCUGGCACUUCUGGCACAACUCGGACAUGGUGCUGGGACAUUUCCCGUAUCCCGACCCUUCGGCCUGGACGGACGAGGAGCUUGGAAUCCCUCCGGACGAUGAGGAAUAGCAGCACACCGGUACGGCUCCUGUCGCCCCCCUCACACGG